AUGCGAGGUUUUCUGGUCUCAAAUAAAAUUAAGUCUUUGAUGAAAAUUUAUAAAGUCGAACGUGGCAACAGUAUAAUUGUAGAGUAUUUUAGCAGAUUAAAAUAUUUGAUGGAUUUAUUUGAUAAUAAUGCAAAUGUUAUAACCGAAGGAGACGUAGUCAGAAUAUUUAUUAAUAAAUUAAAAGGGAAUCAAGCCCAUAUAAAUAAUAUGACAAAUGAAACUCGCAUAUAUGAUAGUAAAUUAAUUCGGUUCAUUAAACCCAUUGUUUUUCCACGGACAUACUUUGAAAAGCAGAAAAUUGCCACCGGAAACCAGUUUAGCGUACAUUUAUCAUUGAUUAUUCUUAAAAAAAUAUCCAAAUUACCAAAUCGGCGAAAGGGAACUGAAUAUGCUAAAAUACUAAAAGUAACUGACAGCAGUAAAACUUUCAUUAACAGAAGAUUAUGUACUUCAAAAGUGACAUAUUUUACGAUAAACUUUCACACAGUUGCACUGAAAAGGAUAGCAGGACAAAUCCAGACACAUAGCGAAAACAAGGUUUUGGAAGGACUUUUAUUUUAUUACCAUGUGAAGCAAAAAACAUUAAUUCAUUUGAAUAAAUAA